AUGGCACUUGACUCGUGGUCAUUGGAGGCUAUCGCUGUUUGUUUUAGUAUAUCAUGUUUUGUCGCGAUACUUUGCGUCUUACAGCUCUAUAAUGGAAAGCAAAGCCCACAGCUACCCAAAGGGGUCUCUUUAAACACUAUAGUAUCUGUUCUCGCAACUGCAUCAAAGUCUUCACUUAUGUUUGUAGCGGGGGAAUGCAUUGCCCAACUAAGAUGGGUCUUGUUUCGAAAGUCUCACCAGCCAUUGUCUUAUAUUCAGUCGUGUGAUAGUGCUAGCCGAGGGCCAUGGGGAUCUCUAACCAUCUUGCUCAAAGAUAAAUGUCGCUCGCUUGUGACUAUCGGGGCUUUGGUAGUACUCUUAGCCAUGGCAUUCGAUCCCUUCAUUCAGCAGAUUAUUGACUAUCCCGUUCUCCCGACGCAACAUCAAUCAAAAACCGCACAGGUUGUACAGUCGAGGUACCUUCUACCACCAGUCAACACAAACAAGGAAUUCGUUGAUGCAAUCAAUGGCGGGAUAUUGUCUGAUUCAAUUGACCCCAAUUAUAUACCGGUGAACGUAUCGAUUCUAGAUGGCAUGCUGUCGAGCUACUCGAUUUCUUUCACCUCCACGCAGUUGAGCCUUGAGCUUAUUACUCACCCCUCGAAUGGAAGUCAAGUCGUGGGUCCGAUUUUGAAUUACAAACAAUACCUCAUGACUCUCCCCAAAUAUCUCUACUGGAUUAUCGAUACUCACGUGACUGCAUCUGCCGAGUUAGACAUUCCCGAAGAGUUUUCAACAAACAUAUCUACUUUUCGAUCUGAUCUGAAGGGCGAAUCUACUUUUCUAUCUGACCUCAUGGACGCAAUAAAAGUGGCAAAAGCCACGGAAUGUGCUUUUUCGAUUUGCGCAAAAGAAUACGCUAUUUCUGUUCAAAGUGGAGAUAGCUCUAUCAAAAUUGUGGACGAAGAUUUCGGAUCACUGUACACAGCUUCAUCCACAACAUCGCCCGCUGAGGAUAAGCUGUGCUGGAAGCCCAACUCAAGUCCCAUGACGAACUGGAAUACAACUGGACAAGCAGACCUCGAUAAGGGACUCUGGCGAGUGAUGGACCCUGCUAAUUUUGAAUUCUGUGGAGUGGAGCCCAAAUCCUAUUAUGAGAGCCUAGUCGCUCUUGUUGGUAAUAUGAGCAUGGAACUUAACGUACAAUACAGCAAUGAAACAGAAAACAUACCGUGGUUUGGCGGUAACAUCGAAAUUCAAGACAUGGUCGCAAGCUCAGUUAAUAUACAAAGAGCGACCUAUAUUGGCUUAGAAAUGUUGAUGACCAAUAUUGCCUUCUCAGUUUCAGCAUUGGCUCGCAAAAUGAGCAAUAACCCCAUUUACGGCGUUGUCACUAGUCGGGACUCAUAUGUUGUUGUUCGAUGGCAGUGGCUCACCGUACCUGCCGUGUUGCUUGUAGCGGGGACUCUUCUGCUCAUCGUAACCGCUCUCAUUUCCACCCGAGGAGGAGUUCACGUUUGGAAGUCCUCAACACUACCUCUGAUGUUCCAUGGGCUAGAUCGGAAUAUAAUGAUCGAGCAUGGUCAAUGUGAAACUGUGAGUGAGAUGGAGCAGGUUGCCGAUGGAAUCAAAGUCGAUUUAGGGAUUUCAAGUGAAGAAAGAACAAUGUUACGGGGAACUGUUCCGGCUUCCCAAAUGGCUCAGAAUGUUAUCAGGCGACCAUCUCGUCGUCGAUCCUUUUAG